CUCCAUUGUUUUGUUAUCAAAUCAUAAAUUCUGAGAGGUUAGAAUUGUUUUGGUAUCGUUUUUUUAUUUAUAUUAGUGUACUCUCUGAAGUGUACUGUUUUAUAUUAAAACUAAACUAAAUAAAUAUGACAAAUACAACAAAUUCCAAUAAUUCCGUACCCCCUAAAGAAGACGAUCCUGAUACAAAUAACGUAAUCAAGAGCAGAGAGUUUAUGUACCGGCUUAUAAUCAGCCAACUAUUUUACGAUGGACAUCAAUCUAUCGGCCAAAGCUUGGCUCAAGCUGUCCAAGCAGAACCUGCUUGUUCUCCCAGCGACAGACUACUGAGAAUAACUUUAGCAGGCCUAGAACAUGAACCUGAGAGAAAAGAAAGGCCCCAUAAUUUUGGGAUUGGAAAUAAUCAAAUUGGCCCUGGUCUAGAUUUGGAAUUUGAGACUGAUUCGAGUAUGAUAGCCCCCGAACCAGCACUUUACGAGACUGCUUAUGUUACUUCGCAUAAGGGUAACUGUAGGGCUGGCUGUUUCUCGGCUGACGGUCAGUUAAUAGCUACGGGAAGUGUAGAUGCCAGUAUUAAAAUUCUGGAUGUGGAUAGGAUGUUGGCCAAAUCUGCUCCUGAUGAAAUGGAUCCUUCUAGGGGUGAACAGCAAGGUCAUCCUGUUAUUCGGACAUUGUAUGAUCAUAUGGAGGAAGUUACAUGUUUGGAAUUCCAUCCGAAAGAACCGAUUUUGUGUUCUGGGUCUAAAGAUCAUAAUAUUAAAUUGUUUGAUAUAUCUAAAGCCAGUGUGAAGAAAGCCUUUAAGACAAUAUCAGAAGCAGAACCUGUAAGAUACUUUACAUUUCACCCGACUGGCGAUCAUCUUAUUGUUGCUACCAGCCAUCCAGUAAUUCGCAUGUAUGACGUCAAUACACUUCAAUGUUACGUUUGUCCUUUCCCGAACCAACAGCACACACAAACUGUCACUUGUCUAAAAUGGUCUAUGGACGCGAAAUUUUUCGCCAGUUGCAGUAAAGAUGGAGCUAUCAAAUUAUGGGAUAGUGUAUCUAACAGAUGUAUUAAUACAUUCCCAAAAGCCCACGACGGUUUCGAAGUAUGUUCAGUCCAGUUCACACGAAACGGCAAAUAUUUACUCUCGGCCGGCAAGAACUCCAUCUGUAAACUAUGGGAACUAACAACCAGCAGAUGCUUAAUAGCUUAUACAGGCGCAGGAACCACAGGAAAACAGGAAUACGAAGCUCAGGCAGUUUUUAACCAUACAGAAGACUACGUACUAUUUCCAGACGAAGCCACCACGUCGUUGUGCGCGUGGAAUUCCAGAAACGCUUCCAGGAAACAGCUGAUGUCCUUGGGACACAAUGGGGCUGUUAGGUUGAUUGCGCAUUCGCCCACGCAGGCGGCGUUUCUGACGUGUUCGGAUGAUUUUAGGGCUAGGUUUUGGUAUAGGCGCACGCCUACGUUAUAGUUUUAAGUUUUUGCUGAGUAUUUCAGGUUUAUUUUUGAUGGUUUUUAUUUUUGCAAGGUUUCAAAUGAUAGUAAUAAAUAUACGUGAAUAUACGUAAGUAAA